GCCGCCAUAUUGUCGGAGCUCCUCAGUAGCCUGUGCAGUUCACAAGGGGAGGGGGGCAGGGUGCCAGUCCUGCUCCACGUACUUCACACAAAUCAGAAUCAUUAAAACGCCGAAUCGGCGUAACCGAACCGAAAAUACACCGCUGUAGAAUAAAGACCGAUCGCCAUCCAUUGGCGCUGCCCGUUUUUCCGUGGAAUGAGCAUUCCAUGCGUCCUCCUCGGCAUGAAUGAAGUGGGCUGGCAGGAGACGCGGGGCGGGAUGCUGCACGCCAAUGGGGCUCAGGAAUCCGCCGGUCUCCGGGUCCCUGGGCCAGGGGCCUUGGCUGGCAGCAGCGGUGGAGGCAGCGGAACACAGGGUCCUGUUGGGACCCCUCAGGCCCUAGACGGGGGUUCCAAUCCACACACUUUGCCCCCGGCCUCUGCAGCUGGCACCGCAGGCCCCCAAGGCCCACUGAGCGGUAGGUCCCAGGACGACGCCACCGUGGGCUACUUCUUCCAGAGGCAACCGGGGGAGCAGCUCGCCGGCUACACCAGCAAACACCGCUGGCCCACUGGGGAUGGCAUCAACAUGGACCAGGUGAGGUCCAUGGAUGAGAUGAACCACGAUUUCCAGGCCUUGGCGCUAGAGUCACGGGGAAUGGGCGAGUUGCUACCAGCGAAGAAACUGUGGGAGUCUGACGAGUUAGGCAAGGAUGGGCAGAAAGCGAUGUUCCUUGGCGAGGAGUGGAGGGAGAACACCUGGGGAGCAUCCCAUCAUUCUGUAUCCCAGCCAAUCAUGGUGCAACGGGCACGACCAGGUCAUGGUUUCCAUGGCAACAAUGAGGUGGGCGCGGUGCUGUCACCGCGGUCCGAGAGUGGUGGCUUGGGCGUGAGCAUGGUGGAGUACGUGCUGAGCUCCUCCCCUGGAGACAAGCUGGAUGGCCGUUACAGCAAGAGGGGCUAUGGUGGUGGAGACGGCGGUCCUGACGGAACAGAGAAGGUUGACCCCAAGGACAAGCCAUCCCCAUUUGAGGAGGACAAGAGCCGGGAGAUGAGCCAGGGAGAGGGGGACGACGUUUCCAAAGCCAACAGCCGCGGGUUGCCCAACGGCAUGGAGGGGGACUGCAAGGACUUCAACCGUACUCCGGGCAGCCGGCAGGCCUCCCCAACGGAAGUGGCGGAGCGCAUCGGCUCGAGCCAGGCAGGCCAGGAACUGAUGGGGCAGCACCAGCACCCUGGCCAGACAAUCAGCAAAGCUCCGGCCGAGGAGUUCCAGAACCCAGAGGCACAGGGCAUGGAUGGUAUGGAGCAGGUGGGCCUAGAGUCGCUCCAGUUCGACUACGCUGGGAACCAGGUCCAGAUGGACUCUUCCGGGGCUCCCGUCGGGCUCUUUGACUACAAUUCCCAGCAGCAGUUGUUCCAGAGACCGAACCACCUGACGGUCCAGCAGUUAACAGCUGCACAGCAGCAGCAGUAUGCCCUGGCUGCGGCCCAGCAGCAGCACAUAGGCCUUGCCCCAGCUGCCUUCAUGCCGAACCCCUACAUCAUCAGCACGGCGCCCCCUGGCACAGACCCCUAUGCUGCUGGCCUAGCUGCAGCUGCCACACUUGCAGGCCCUGCGGUGGUACCACCCCAGUACUACAGUGUCCCAUGGGGUAUGUAUCCAGCCAACCUCUUCCAGCAACAGGCAGCGGCUGCUGCGGCCAACAGCUCUGCCAACCAGCAGGCAGCCGGUCAGGGACAGGGCCAGCAGCAGGUAAUGCGUGCUGGAGCCAAUCAGAGACCCCUCACACCUGGGCAGGGCCAGCAGAACCAGCAGGAGUCCCUGGCGGCUGGCAACCCAGCACUGGCAUUCGGUCAGGGCCUGGCCACAGGAAUGCAAGGCUAUCAGGUUUUAGCCCCGGCCGCCUACUACGAUCAGACUGGUGCUUUGGUGAUGGGCCCUGGUGCCCGUGCUGGCCUGAGUGGUCCAGUGCGGCUGGUGCAGACCCCCGUGCUCAUUAACCCUGCGGCUGCGCAGGCAGCUGCCUCUGCCUCCGGUUCGGGGAACAGCCUGACAGGUGCAGCCAAUGGCUUGUUCCGUCCAAUCAGUGGCCAGCAACAGCAACAGCAGCAGCCUCCACCCCCUCAGCAGCAGCAGCAGCCACCUGCUCCACCGCCGCCUCCACCCCAUGCCAGCGGCAGCAUGCCGUCCAGUUCGUUCUACGGCUCCGGCUCAGUGGCACCCAGCUCCCAGAGCAGCUCGCUGUUCUCACACGGCCCUGCUGCCCCCCCUGCCAGCUCGUCCCUGGGCUUUGGCACCGCCGGCUCUCUGGGUGCCGCCAUCGGCUCUGCGCUGGGGGGCUUUGGCUCCUCAGUGUCGAGCUCUGGGAACACCAGUGCUGCCCGCAGGGACUCCCUGUCGGCCGGGUCAGAACUGUACAAGCGAAGUGGCGGCGGACUGACGCCCAUCGGCCAGCCCUUCUACAACAGUCUGGGUUUCUCCUCCUCACCCAGCCCUCUUGGCAUGCCCUUGCCCAGCCAGACCCCUGGGCACUCCCUGACCCCGCCCCCAUCGCUCUCCUCCCAUGGCUCUUCCUCCAGCCUCCACCUGGGGGGUCUGACCAAUGGGAGCGGGCGCUACAUCUCUGCAGCUCCUGGAGCUGAGGCAAAGUACCGUGGAGCAGGAGCCACUUCCAGCCUCUUUAGCUCUGGCAGCCAGCUGUUCCCACCCUCCCGUCUGCGCUACAGCCGCUCCGACAUCAUGCCCUCGGGCCGCAGCCGUCUGCUCGAGGACUUCCGUAACAACCGCUUCCCAAACCUGCAGCUGCGUGACCUGGCUGGCCACAUUGUGGAGUUCUCCCAGGACCAGCACGGCUCCAGGUUCAUCCAGCAGAAGCUGGAGCGUGCCACGCCUACUGAGAGACAGAUGGUGUUCACCGAGAUCCUGCAGGCGGCAUACCAGCUGAUGACGGAUGUCUUUGGGAACUACGUCAUCCAGAAGUUCUUUGAGUUCGGGAACGUGGAGCAGAAGCUGGCGCUGGCCACGCGGAUCCGAGGCCACGUGUUACCCCUCGCGCUGCAGAUGUAUGGUUGCCGUGUUAUCCAGAAGGCACUGGAGUCCAUCUCCUCAGACCAGCAGGUAAUUAGUGAGAUGGUCCGUGAGCUGGACGGACAUGUGCUGAAGUGUGUGAAGGACCAGAACGGGAACCACGUGGUCCAGAAGUGCAUCGAAUGCGUCCAGCCACAGGCUCUGCAGUUCAUCAUCGACGCCUUCAAGGGCCAGGUGUUUGUGCUGUCCACACACCCAUAUGGCUGCAGGGUGAUCCAGCGUAUCCUGGAGCAUUGCACACAGGAGCAGACGCUGCCCAUCCUGGAGGAACUGCACCAGCACACAGAGCAGCUCGUCCAGGACCAGUACGGUAACUAUGUCAUCCAGCAUGUCCUGGAGCACGGGCGCGCUGAGGACAAGAGCAAGAUUGUGGCAGAAAUCAGGGGCAAAGUCCUGGCUCUGAGCCAGCACAAGUUUGCCAGCAACGUGGUGGAGAAGUGUGUGACGCACUCGUCCCGCACAGAGCGCGCUCUGCUCAUCGAUGAGGUGUGCUGCCAGAACGACGGCCCCCACAGCGCCCUCUACACCAUGAUGAAGGACCAGUAUGCCAACUACGUGGUGCAGAAGAUGAUUGACGUGGCCGAGCCUGCGCAGCGCAAGAUCAUCAUGCACAAGAUCCGGCCUCACAUCACCACGCUGCGCAAGUACACCUACGGGAAGCACAUCUUGGCCAAGCUGGAGAAGUACUACAUGAAGAACAACGCUGACCUGGGCCCUAUCGGAGUUCCCACCAACGGACUGUUGUAGGAGCCCGGCCCCCGAGCCCCCCCCCCCCCCC